CUCUCACGCUGAUUAUCAUGGCUGUUUCCAUAUCCAGCGUUACCGCCACGCUUCCAUCGCACUGGAAAUACGUCUCCGAAGGCGGCGCCACCAUUGUCUUUUCCUACGUCGGUCCCCCGAAUUCUGACUUUGAUGGCAUGGUAUUGCGUUUGCGUAAGUCUGGGGUGCAGACACCUGUACUCGAGAGACAGGAUUUUGGUACGGUAGCGGAGGAGCCAGAUGAUGCUUCCAUUCUGUUCCAAGAGACGUGUAUGAAGCGACUGAUACCCUCGGUUCACCUUCCACAAUUGCAGUCAGUCCAGGUGGACAAAAUGUGGCUGGAGGUGCUUUCUUUAGUACACGAAAAAGACCGCCCGUUGAAGAGGACCGUGAGCGGAGGCAUCGACACGACGAAGUGCAAGGCUGUAUUGGCCACUGACCUCGUGGGUGGCUCAGGACUGACUGUGGAAAUCAAGCCCAAAUGGUCUUUUCUUCCCAACAAAAGGUACCUUUCGGCGACGAACUGUUCAAUCAAGGCGAAUACUUGCCGAUUUUGCAUGCACUCACACAUGAAGUCCGGGGAAGGAGAGACCGUUUCCCUCGGAUACUGUCCGUUGGAUUUAUUCUCCAAUAAUCGGGGCCGCAUGAAACAGGCGGUCUAUUCUCUCUACGACAAUUGGCUCGCGAGCGAUGGAAAUGUUAACAACGUGAAGAUAUUCGUCAAGGGUACGAAAAUUGGUGUAGGCCAGAGGUUCUUCAUGUUCUCUCCCGAAGCAUACCAAGAAUCCGACGAGAAUGUCCGAGAAACAUUCUCAGAGGCAGUCCUUACGUUUCUUAUGGGCACGCCAGUCCUUCGGGUCCUUAACAAGGCCCAAAGGACCCUGGAUUCACUUGACAUUGAGGGACUAUCAUUAUUAUGGAGAGAAUCCCAGAGCCUAGUGAAUACACCGCAGUCUACAAAUGGGUAUACACCUCCAGGGCGCGCUAUUGGCAUCGGCGAACCUAAUCCCUCUCUAUCCGACUGGUCCGCUUUUAUCGACGAAUACCUAACUCGGCCUCCCAACUUGGAGGACUUACGAUACCACCUUCUCGCGUAUCUCCUUUCCGCGACGUUCAAGGAUUGUUCCAUUAUGAUUAGGAUGGAUUUGUUGGACCCGAGGCGUCCGCAGGAGGAGGUGGACCCGUCUCAGGUCAUUGUUAUUGAUCUGGAUCCCAAGAAUAUCGCCCGACUGAAGAACUGGGAGGAGCUGGAUGAGAUUAUUAUCAGGAGGUAUUCGGUCGUUCCUCUCGCGGAUAGGAAGACGUGUUUGGAUGACUGGGUUGAUGAGGCUUGAUUAUGCGUUUUUGUCGGUAUGUUUAUGAUUGUUUAAGAGCGUAUUUAUUGUUAUGUUGCGUUUCACUUUUUGCAUGCGGAUAGGCAAACUGCACAAGCCGUACGCAGUGAUAACUUGCUAAGUCUCGUAGACUCGGACUGUCUGUUUGCUAGGUACGUAAGGACAUUCGCUUUGACGCCGUGGAUGUGAAGCUCGUGUUCUCGAUCUAUCUACUAGUUCUAUCAUGCUAUUUGUUCGAGUCAUUUCUCCAAGCAAAUUAGAACAGCUGAGUGUGCAGUUAUAUUGACAUCUUUUCGUUUUUCGGGGGGUACAUCAUGUAUACUUUGUAUACUUUAGAUGACCGAGCACGUAUACUUGUACAGACCAUACAUAGGUUCAGUGGAAUUAUUU